AUGAGACAUACAAACCCAUUUUUAAAGGUUUUGGGGUUUUUUUUUUUUAAAUCUCUACCAACCACUUGUGGGAAGUUUCUUGCUAGUGCUGGGACCAGUACACCAGACCAGAGCAGUCCCUCUCCUGGAGCCCAGAUUAUCCCCUCCUCCUGCACAAAGACCCUCUGAGGACUGAAGAUGACAACAGAUACAAUAGAGAGCAAUAACACCAAAUCCAGCGCUCCUCUCUUGACUCAGAGAUACCUGAGGCUGGUGACCAAGGAUGGGCACAGCACAUUCCAAAUGGCUGGUGCCCAAGGCAGAGGUGUGGCGUACCUCCGAGACGUGUGGGGGAUACUCAUGGACAUGCGCUGGAGGUGGAUGAUGCUCGUCUUCUCAGCUUCCUUUGUCAUUCACUGGCUGGUCUUUGCAGUGCUCUGGUAUCUGCUGGCUGAGAUGAAUGGGGACCUGGAGCUGGACCACGAUGCUCCACCUGACAACCACACUAUAUGUGUGAAGUACAUCACCAGUUUUACAGCUGCCUUCUCCUUCUCCCUGGAGACACAACUCACGAUUGGCUAUGGCACCAUGUUCCCAAGUGGGGAUUGUCCCAGUGCUAUUGCACUGCUGGCAAUUCAGAUGGUCCUAGGGCUCAUGCUAGAAGCCUUCCUCACAGGUGCUUUUGUGGCCAAGAUUGCGCGCCCAAAGAACCGGGCACUCUCCAUCUGCUUCUCGCGCUUCGCCGUGGUCACGCACCCCGAGGGGAAGCCACACCUCAUGUUCCAGGUGGCCAACACUCGCUCCAGCCCCCUGACCAGCGUCCAGAUCUCUGCUAUACUUUACCAAGAACAAGAGAGUGGGCAGCUGCACCAAACCAGCAUUGACUUCCACCUGGACAGCAUCACUGCAGAUGAGUGUCCUUUUUUCAUUUUCCCACUGACCUACUACCACUCCAUCACUGCAUCCAGCCCACUGGCUGCUCUCUUUCAAAGAGAAGCUCCUCACCAUUUUGAGCUGGUCAUCUUCUUGUCAGCUGUGCAGGAGGGCACAGGAGAAACGUGUCAGAGGAGAACAUCCUACCUCUCGUCAGAGAUCCUGGUGUACCACCGCUUUGCCUCCCUGCUAGCCCGCAAUGCCAAAGGUGAAUACCAGAUCAAGAUGGAGAAUUUUGACAAGACUAUUCCUGAGCUUCCAGCUGCAGCUGACUCAAAGAGUCCAAAAAGGACUGACAAGGAGAUCCGCAUCAAUGGACAGCAUACCGAUAGCUUCCAGCUCUCUGAGACUGGCCUCACAGAGUAG